AUGUCGUUCGUUGCUACAGCCAAUACUAAUUCCGGAAGGGCGGCUGAGGUAGUCAGUCACAACUUGCCAAAACAGCAGGGGGGCGCGACCUACCAUGACGAUCAAGCUUCGGGAACCAAGGAAUUCGAUCAAGAACCCAGUGAAGAUGAUGCGACUCUUCAAGGGCGGGAGGAGAAGAUGGAGGCGCGAGUGGGUGAUCUCGCGCGGCGACUCACCCGCCAGUCCACUCGCUACUCAACCAAAGGCGACCUCGAGAACCCUUUCGUCAGUACCAACCCAGAGUCAACGCUCAAUCCUCACAGCCCCAACUUCCGAGUGAGGGACUGGAUCAAGAUGUUACUUGCUAUUCGCACCCGUGAUCCGGAGCGCUACCCCGAAAGAACCGCAGGUGUGGCUUUCAAGAAUCUCAACGUCCACGGCUACGGCUCGCCCACCGACUACCAAAAAGAUGUCCUCAACUCGCUUCUUGAAUUCGGUACCAUCAUUCGGAAGCUUAUGGGCAUCAAGAUGCAGAAAAUUCAGAUUCUACGCGAGUUUGACGGGCUUGUCAAAUCAGGAGAGAUGCUGAUGGUGCUUGGAAGACCCGGCUCAGGUUGUACGACCUUUCUCAAGACAAUGUCUGGGGAGAUGAAUGGUAUAGAGAUGUCGGACGAAUCUAUGCUUAACUAUCAAGGUAUACCUGCGAAAGAGAUGCACAACGCCUUCCGUGGUGAAGCGCUCUACAAUGCUGAGACGGAUGUUCACUUUCCAAUGUUGAGUGUUGGAGAUACGCUUCAGUUUGCCGCAUUGGCUAGAGCUCCUCGCAAUCGCCUAGAAGGGGUCAAUCGACAGCAAUACGCCGAGCAUAUGAGAGACGUGGUGAUGGCAAUGCUUGGUCUCUCCCAUACAAUCAACACCCGUGUCGGCAACGAUUACGUGCGUGGCGUUAGUGGUGGUGAGAGAAAGCGUGUCAGUAUUGCAGAGGCAAUGUUGAGCCAAGCCCCCCUGCAAGCCUGGGACAACAGCACCAGAGGAUUAGAUUCCGCCAAUGCCCUCGAGUUCUGCAAGAAUCUGGCAUUGAUGAGCAAGUAUUCAGGAACCACGGCUUGUGUCGCAAUCUAUCAAGCCUCUCAAAGCGCGUAUGACGUCUUUCAGAAAGUGACUGUGCUAUAUGAAGGAAGGCAAAUCUAUUUCGGGCCAACAUCGGAAGCCAAGCAAUUCUUCGUUGAUAUGGGUUUUGAGUGCCCCGAACGCCAAACAACAGCCGAUUUCCUCACCUCCUUGACGUCGCCCUCUGAACGACAGGUCCGCCCUGGUUUCGAAAACCGCGUCCCGCGCACACCUGAUGAAUUCGCAGCCGCCUGGAAGCAAAGCAGUGCGCGAGCUGCCCUUUUGAGGGAUAUCGAUGAUUUCGAGAGGCAGUAUCCGCUCAAUGGCUCUUCAUACGAAGCCUUUGUGGAUGCGAGACGGGCCAUGCAGGCAAAGAAUCAACGUCUGAAGUCGCCUUAUACUAUCUCAGUGUUUGAGCAGAUCUCCCUUUGCACGACUCGUGGUUUUCAGCGGCUCAAGGGCGAUAUGAGCUUAACUCUUAGUGCCCUGAUUGGUAAUUUCAUUAUUGCCCUGAUUGUCGCAUCAGUUUUCUUCAAUCUCCCGGAUGACACUUCCAGCUUCUACUCGCGCGGAGCCCUGCUGUUUUAUGCGGUUCUUCUUAAUGCAUUCUCCAGCGCGCUUGAAAUUUUGACCCUUUACGCUCAACGUCCGAUUGUGGAGAAACAGGCACGAUACGCAUUCUACCAUCCCUUCGCCGAAGCAGUAGCCUCUAUGCUUUGCGAUACACCCUACAAGCUGCUAAACUCCAUCACUUUCAAUCUUCCACUAUACUUUAUGACCAAUCUUCGCCGCGACGCAGGAGCGGUCUUCACAUUUUGGCUCUUCUCCGUGGUGACAACUUAUACUAUGAGUAUGGUGUUCAGAACAAUCGCCGCAACAUCUCGGUCACUUUCGCAGGCGCUGGUUCCUGCUGCGCUGCUCAUUCUCGGUAUGGUGAUUUACACUGGAUUUGUCAUUCCGACUCGAAACAUGCUCGGAUGGUCUCGCUGGAUGAACUAUAUCAACCCAGUGGCCUAUGCGUUUGAGUCCUUUCUCAUUAACGAGUUUUCCGGUCGCAAGUUUGACUGCUCAAGUAUUGUUCCAUCCGGCGGCCCAUAUGAAUCUGUGUCAAUGGCAUAUCGCAUUUGUUCCACCGUCGGCGCCCAGGCUGGAUCGAGAGUCGUGGACGGGUCACUGUACCUGAAGCAAAGUUAUCAGUAUACAACUGGCCAUGAAUGGCGGAAUCUCGGUAUCCUGAUUGGGUUCAUGAUUUUCUUCGCCUUUGUUUACCUGGCCAGCACAGAGUAUAUCUCUGAGCAGAAGUCCAAGGGAGAGGUGCUUUUGUUCCGUCGAGGCCAUCGGGCAAAUAUUCCUACAGAGGGCGACGUCGAGGUUCAACCCGGGCCGAGUGGCGCCGUCAAGACCGAGGCUGACGGUACCCAAACUGCCGUUCGCAUUCAGAAACAGACCGCAAUCUUUCACUGGGAGGAUGUCUGUUAUGACAUCACUAUCAAGGGCGAGCACCGCAGAAUUCUCGACCACGUGGAUGGUUGGGUGAAGCCUGGGACUUGCACUGCAUUGAUGGGUGUCUCUGGAGCAGGAAAGACUACCUUGCUGGAUGUUUUGGCCACCCGUGUCACCAUGGGCGUUGUUACCGGGGACAUGUUGGUCGAUGGAAAAUCUCGAGAUCAUUCCUUCCAGAGAAAGACUGGCUACGUUCAGCAACAGGACGUGCACCUCCCUACCUCUACUGUUCGCGAAGCACUCCAAUUCAGUGCUUUGUUACGCCAGCCAGCGCACCUAAGCCGACAAGAGAAACUGGACUACGUUGACGAGGUCAUCAAGCUUCUUGGUAUGGAGGCUUACGCAGAUGCGGUCGUUGGUGUCCCUGGAGAAGGCUUAAACGUUGAGCAACGUAAGCGGUUGACAAUUGGCGUUGAGCUUGCGGCGAAGCCCCAGCUCUUGCUCUUCCUCGAUGAACCGACGUCUGGCCUUGAUAGUCAGACUUCAUGGUCAAUUCUGGACCUAAUUGACACCCUCACUCAGCAUGGACAAGCCAUCCUUUGCACAAUUCAUCAACCAUCUGCCAUGCUGUUCCAGCGGUUCGAUCGCCUACUAUUCUUGGCAAAGGGAGGAAAGACCAUUUACUUUGGUGAAAUCGGCGAAAACUCGACGACAUUAUCGAAUUACUUCGAGAGGAACGGAGCCCACACCUUGAAGAAUGGAGAGAAUCCCGCUGAAUGGAUGCUUGACGUUAUUGGCGCAGCUCCCGGGUCCAAGACUGAAAUUGACUGGCAUAAGGUUUGGAGAGAGUCUCCAGAGUACACAGGAGUGAAGCAGCACCUCUCCGAGCUCAGGUCCACACUUUCGUCGAAGGCCAAGGAUGAAUCUGACCCAAAGGCUCUUAAGGAGUUUGCGGCGCCGUUCCACAUCCAACUCUGGGAAUGUCUGAUCCGAGUCUUUGCUCAGUACUACCGCACACCGUCCUAUAUUUGGAGUAAAACCGCUCUCUCCGUCCUGACCGCUCUCUAUAUUGGCUUCUCCUUCUUCCAUGCGAGUAACUCGAUUCAAGGAAUGCAGAAUCAAAUGUUUUCUAUUUUCAUGCUCAUGACUAUUUUCGGCAACCUUGUUCAGCAAAUCAUGCCGCACUUCUGUGCUCAACGGUCACUGUAUGAAGUCCGGGAACGACCCUCAAAGACCUAUUCAUGGCAAGCAUUCAUGACGGCCAACAUCUUGGUCGAACUUCCAUGGAACACCCUGAUGGCGGUGCUUAUGUUUGUUUGUUGGUAUUACCCCAUUGGCUUGUACAACAAUGCAAAGCCUACUCACGCGGUAAACGAACGCUCGGCUCUUAUGUUCCUUCUGAUCUGGGUCUUCCUCCUCUUCACAUCCACAUUUGCCCAUAUGGUUAUUGCUGGAAUUGAACUGGCCGAAACAGGCGGUAACAUCGCGACGCUAUUGUUCUCUCUCUGCUUGAUUUUCUGCGGUGUUUUGGCCACCCCGGAAGCUAUGCCUGGAUUCUGGAUUUUCAUGUAUCGCGUGUCGCCUUUCACGUACCUGGUGUCAGCAAUGCUGAGCACGGGUAUCUCAGGAACAAAGGCUGUGUGCGAGUCAGUCGAGUACUUGACGUUUAACCCUCCCGACAACCAGACCUGUGGGGACUAUAUGGCAACCUAUAUCAGCGGAGCGGGAGGCUAUCUGGCGGACCCGUCGGCCACAUCUAACUGCCAGUUCUGUACCAUCAGCGAGACGGAUACUUUCCUUGCAUCCGUUUCCAGCUACUACUCUGAUGCGUGGCGGAACUUCGGGCUGAUGUGGGUUUAUAUCAUCUUUAACAUUGCGGCCGCCGUUGGGAUUUACUGGUUGGCCAGAGUGCCCAAGUCGGUCGGAAAGGCUAAGAAGGAAUGAUCUCCUUUUUACCUGCUGAUACCUCUCACCUACGAUCGUUGUUCCUUAUUUGUUACAGCACUGUGAAUAGCAUCGAAUUGAACUGUUUGGACUUUCGUGAACACCUGUUCAACCUUCUUUCCGCUUCGUCCUUGCACACUUUUCUUUUUCUAUUGCUUCUUGAUUUGACUUUCAACUCUUCCUUUCUUGACUCUCGUUCAUCCCUUUUAUGAAAUUACUUUCUGCCUUUG